ACUCGCAGAAGACGAACGUUUGCGGACGUUAAUUGUGAAGUGGACCGUCAGUAGGGAAGUUUUAUUUUUUAAACCUAAAGCCGGCGGGGACACACAGCGGACACGUGGCGCACGGAGCUUCUGUUCGUGGGUUUUUACGUCACACAUCACGCCAAUGAGAACUGUUGCAGUCCUUGGAGGGGGGAUUGGGGGUUUGGCCACAUCUUACUAUCUGUGCAAAAGCCCCCAGAUUACGAAGGUCAUUGUUUUGGAGUCCAGCAGCCGUCUCGGAGGUUGGCUCUGGUCCACCAGGAGGUCAGACGGUGCCGUGUUUGAACAUGGACCCAGAGGAAUCCGACCUGCUGGGGCAGUGGGACGCAACACACUCAAUAUGGUGGAAGACCUGGGUCUUGCGGCGGAGCUUCUUCCCAUCACCUACAGUCAUGUUGCCGCCAAGAACAGGUAUCUGUAUGUGAAGGGAAAGCUUCACAGGAUGCCGUCAGGAAUCAGCGGACUUCUGCGGACUGUCCCGCCUUUCUCUCGUCCACUCCUGUUGAGUGUUGCCAAGGAGAUACUGGUGAAGAAAAGCAAAAAGGACGAUGAGUCCAUACAUUCAUUUGUUUCCCGGAGACUUGGACAGGAGUUGGCAGACAUUGCUGUGGACAGUCUGUGCCGUGGUGUCUUUGCAGGCGAUUGCAGGAAGUUGAGUGUGCGCUCUUGUUUUCCACCACUGUACAACGCAGAGCAGCACAGAGGUUCCCUGACACUGGGCAUGUUGUUGGGCUCAGGUCCCUCUCCUGUCGUGGUCUCUGGUCCUCUGGCUCAGCGGUCUCUUAAAGAGUCGUGGGCUCAGUGGUCCCUGAAGAGGGGAGUGGAGUCUCUCCCAGAAUCCAUCAGUGACUACCUUCAACAGAGUGGCAAAGUGGAGCUUCACAGAGACGCAGCUGUUCAGCGCAUCUGUCCCUCACCCGCUGGUUGGAAGAUCCAUUUGGAGAAUGGCGUUGUAACUGCUGAUCACAUCUUCUCUGCACUUCCUGCCAAAGCCCUCUCCUCUGCACUGCCGUCCUCCUGUCAACCUCUCAUUCAAGAGCUGCAGGACAUCGCCACGGUAACGGUCGCUGUGGUAAAUCUGGAGUACGACGGUUCCAUCCUGCCUGUGACGGGUUUCGGGCACCUGCUUCCAUCGUCGGAGGAUCCGGCUUUGCUCGGUGUCGUCUAUGACUCUGUUCCCUUCCCUGAACACAACAGAAGUGACGGACAGACCACAAGACUGACGGUGAUGAUGGGUGGAGCCUGGUUCCAGGAAGAGUUUGGUCCUCCAGAAAUGGUAACAGAGGAGCGACUCUUGGAGAGAGCCACGGACGCAGUGAGCUUCCACCUGGGAGUCAACAGCUCACCCUGCUGGAGUCUGGUGUCAGUGCAUAGGGACUGUAUACCUCAGUACUAUGAAGGACAUCACAGAAGAGUUGAGUCCAUGCGUAGCUUCAUAAAGAAGAACGAGCUCCCGCUGUCUCUGGUCGGUGCCUGUUAUGACGGCGUGUCAGUGAAUGAUGUCAUCUUCAGUGGACGGACCGCUGUGCAGGAGUUGCUGGGAGCUUGAUGUCACAUCCACAAUGUGGAUGUUUAUCUAUGUUAAGAUGAUCAGGCUGAAUUGACUCAUGCCUCACUUAUUUUUUUAUUUAUUUCAGAGAUGUGUGGACACACAAGAACGAGUUCAGCCAAAUCCGCAAAAGUUUUGUAUCAUAUCGGCUUUUUAUCGAGGAUUUUUGGAGCCUUUAAACACUAUUCUUUGGAAUACACGUACCAGAGGGAAAAAUUCUCAAAACACCACCAUUUUCGUGUAUAUAACCAAUGGGAAAAUAAUGUCAUAUCCCCCACCUCUCCAACCUAACCCUUAACCACGCUAGCUUUAUGCACAUACGCCAAGGUGUCACCUACAGACCUGGCAUAUAUAUACUACAGCAUUAAGAGUCAUUUUGGGAGUUUUUUCCAAUUCUGGUUUUCAAAAUGGAGGAAAAUUCCAUCCUCUGUAAUUUCCCACCAAUAACUUCUGAAAUCAAUAAAGGUAUGUGUUACCUUAAA